CAUGACUGUCCGUCACACUUCAUGACCUCCGAGCUAGUCAGCUAGUGGCUGGUUGAACCACAGAACCAUCAAGUUGAGGUUGAGAAUCGGAGGCUCGUAGGCUUUGGGUGAUACAUCUAUAUAGGAGAUUGUAGGAGACACUUCCUCACAACGACGCCGCACCGUGUCGCUGACCGCUUUUUGGUCCAGCUGCAGUCCCCGGAUCGACCAGCAAUGGGGUCAAUUUUGUCGCUUUUCCUCGGAAGGCAGCUGCCAGCUCCAGAGCCCGAGGCUGCCACUACGGAGCAAGCCGCAACACAGCCCGCUGAAAAUGUUGAGGCAUCUGCCUCUGCCUUGCGGGAGAACAUUAAGACGAAAGGUGAAAAUGCGUACUACUAUGCGCACAAUCGGCAAUUCGAAGUCCCAGCAGAUGCCAAGGUGAUUUCUGGUCCCGGGCUGGUGACGGGCGGUCCACCGGUGAAGUUGGACAUCGAGGCCAAUGGCCCGAUCUCCGAGAAACGGGUGGAGCCCAUCCGCAGCUUCUCCUGGACCGACGACGGUGCCAAAGUGAAGAUCUACUUGCAACUUCCCGAAGGAACUCUGCAAGAUGCUCAAGUGUCGUGUGACUUUCAAGUCCAAGGCUUUCAUCUACAGGUGGCGUCUGCCUCUGCCACGUACACCUGCAAGAUGGACCGGUUGUAUGCCGAGAUCGUGCCCGAACCACAGAACCCCGUCGCUCCGAGCCUUUUUCUCCAAUCCCGUGAUGCCCAAGAAGCUACUAGCUCGUAGCUUCUUGUUACUAGUAGCUUCUUGCCCUUGUGACUAGUCACUUCUUGCUACCCCUGAAGGUUGAGGUUUUGACCCAUCAUGUCCGGAAAGCAUAUUCUUGUGAUGGACCUGGCCCUUGGAUAGAUGGAUCUGCCAGCCAUUUGAUCAGGCCGCUAUGACACGCGGUCGGUGUAGGAUGAGCCAAAGUCGGUGAAACUGCUCUUGAGCGUUCAGCGUUCCUCAUGAGAAAAAACCCAUCUCGCCCACCCACCAGCAGCGUUCUUUUUCAUUAAUCAUUCUUUUUUGGGGGACCAACUCUUGGCCACCCAAACUUCAACUCCUCUGCCAAAAAAACCUGCGCUCCAGCUGGGGAGGCCGGAGGCCUGCACGCACCGCUCCAACCUGGAGAAGUCCAAGGUGACAGUGACGGUGAAGAAGAAGAAGGAUCAGACAUGGUAUGAGUUGAAGAAGAACUGACACUUCACGGGUUAGGAGGAUCAGCGGAUCGACUAGCUGGCGCCAAGUCGCGAGCGGCCCGUAGCGGCAUCGCUCUCGGCCAUGGCUCGACCGGUCCAUGUGAUGCUGCAAGUGGUGCGCAAA